AACAACGAAGGACCCCUGUCCGAAAUCCCCUGCGCCAGAGUUCGUCCGCAAGCAAAUCUCUUUCGUUUCAAAACAUUGUUCAACGCUGGUUUAUACCUUAGAAUUAGUCUGUAACAGCAUUGGAUAAAUCUUUGUUCAAGAGGCGUCGCAAAAACGAUGGAAAGCCCCCAGUUUCAAUUCAAUCAAUCUCCCGGAGCUUUACUACAACCUUUGGAAGACGACGACACCUUGGUUGACCUUAAUCAUCCAUCUAAAUUGGACUCUCCUCCAUUAUCAACAGAUUCUAAUCCUAAUUCUCGAAGAGUAACGCGUUCUCAAACAACAGGCCGACCAACUGUACGUUGGGGUAAGCACGGCAGAGGUGACCCCCCCGACACGCCAUACAGAGGAUCUAGUGCUUCUCUCAAACGAUCUUUUGACGCGCGAGCAGUCGACGACGAAACAGACGUUGAGGCGGAUCAAGACCCCACUUACGUGCCAUCAAAGCUUCUAAAGAUGGAACCCACCGUGUUGAUCCCGGAGUCGUCUGCCGGUUCAGUUGUUGAAGAUACACCCCAGCCAAAUGAAUUGGAACUCACACCUCCAUUUGAACUCAGUGGCACGCCUAUGCCCGGGGAAUAUACUUUCCUUGACGCUUCCUCUUCCUCGUUUACUUCUGAACGUCGUGGACCGAGGAUACGCACAGCCCCCCCUAUUCCCGUUCCGAACUUGACGAAAAAGAGUCGCGGUCGCCGCGUCCCUACCGCCGGCGACGACGCAGCGGUAGAAGGAGAAGCAGCUGAGGGACGUAAGGGACGCGUUUAUGUUUGUAAAGUGGAAGAUUGUGGCAAGUGCUUCAGCCGUGGAGAGCAUCUCAAACGGCACAUCCGAUCUAUCCAUACACAUGAAAAACCGUUCGAUUGCCCUCACCCCACGUGCGACAAACGUUUCAACCGGAAUGAUAAUUUACUUCAACAUCUACGUGUCCACAAGGGUGACAAUUCUUCUCAGACCUCUGUUGAUUCUGCAAAUCCAGCUACUGCUGCAGAAUCCGCUCCUGAUGAUGGCAGUUCCCCAGUAGCCACUCAGCGUGCCUCCUCAUCUAAGACAAGCGCCGCCCGCCGAGCAGUCCGCCCAGCGCGCAAGAGUAAGUCUGCUGCGUCCACGCCACCAAUCCAUCCUGCACGUCUUGCUGCUUCACGAGCAGCGAGUCGGAAUGCUCCCCUUACUCUUCCACGCACCUACUCCCUUCCUCCGCUCCCCUCUCUAGUACCACCCUAUCACAACCCUGCUAUUGCAGGCUUCAUGAACAACACCAACAUUGCGGUCUCCUCCCUCCGGACCGCCAUGGAUGAGGAAGAGACGGAUCACGAACAGGAAACUGAGAUUUCUGAGGACGAAGGUCACCAUGGCCGGACAACACACAGUCUCAGCGACCUCCGCUCGAUGUACAACUUCCGCAACGCUUUCAGCUCUGCUCCCCUAGCACCCAGGAAAGAUGUAUCACGCGGUAACAGUCUGCCUGCUGAGGAGCACCUAGACAGUGCUCCUGUCUCCGCUGGACCCGGGCCGUCUUCCAGCCCUUCGCCUUCAUCCAUGUCACGCGAUCCUGACGACGCUCACAAGUCAGCUCCACAUUCGCCCCCAACCGUGGAUACUCAACCCAAGGACAACUGUUAAUGGUCUCGAGCUUUGUCCGUGUCUCUAAAUCAUCGCUGUGGAUAUACAUUGAUUGCAUCAUAUGUUGAUCAUUUUCACUGGCCGUUGUCUUGUAUGUUGUCUUUCCGUCACUUUCAUCGAUGCUCUGCGUUUACAAAAUUGAUUAAUAUUGGUCUCGUAUCGUGGCUUCCCUUAUCCUCUUUGUCGUUAAAACUUGUCUUGCGUCUUUCCGUGUUUGAUUGAAUCAGUUCUUGUUUCCUCUUCUAUGCCCUCUGGAUCCGCUU